UUUCCUUUUGCGGGAAUCUCUUCCUGUGUGUUAGCCUGACCUUCACCUGACUCCGGAUGCCGAACACACAUGUAGCUGCAGGGAGGUUUGUCUCAGUGAUUCGCUCGUGUUCAGUCUUCAGCACUGGACGCGGUGGUCCAGUGGUCCGGUCGCCAUGAUCAUGAGGACUGCUUUGAGGGUGCGUGUACUGAAAACACACACGCCUUCACUUUUCUGGCGACCCCACAGCACCUCAACACCUCUCAUCGAGGAGGGCUGCGGGGGUCUCGUACUGAAGUCGCUGUCUACGGAUGUUUAUGAGAAUCUGGCUGUUGAGGACUGGAUCCACGACAACGUAGAGCUGCAGAACAGGAACGUCCUUUUUAUUUGGAGAAAUUCGCCCGCCGUGGUCAUUGGCCGGCACCAGAACCCCUGGCAGGAGUGCAACCUGCGGCUGCUGAGAGAGAAGGGGAUAGGGCUGGCCAGGAGGCGCAGCGGCGGCGGGACAGUGUAUCACGACCUGGGCAACGUCAACCUGACCUUCUUCACGUCCCGGAAGGGGUACGACAGGGCGAGGAAUCUGGGCAUCGUGACGAGAGCCCUGAAAGCGCUGCGGCCCGGGCUGGACGUGCACGCCACGGAAAGAUACGACAUCCUGCUGAACGGCCGGUUCAAGAUCUCGGGCACCGCGGCGAGGCUGGGCAGGGCCUCCGCCUACCACCACUGCACCCUGCUGUGCGGGACGGACACCACCGUGCUGGCGGCUGUGCUGAAGGGCGCAUGCCAGGGCAUUAAGAGCAACGCGACCCCGAGCGUGCCUUCGCCCGUGCUGAACCUUACGGACAUAGACCCGUCCCUAGACUGCGGGGCCGUCACGGAGGCCGUGGCGGCGGAGUACGCCGCGCAUCACGGCUUGGAGCCCCGCGUCGCUCCCGUCGACCCCAGGGACGAGUCGUCGCUUCCUGGGAUCGGUGGAUUGACUCGCGCGCUGCAGGCCUGGGAGUGGGUCUACGGAAAGACCCCCCGGUUUAGCGUCGGUACCAGUUCCGAAGUGUGCUACAAAAAGUCCAACGCGGCCGUAACGCUGAACAUGGAGGUGAAGGACGGGGCCAUAGUCUCCUGCGCGAUAGGAACACACAGGGACUGGGUGCCGCCGGCGGUGUGCGACCAGCUGGCCUCUCAGCUGGUGGGAAGCAGGUUCUGUCCCAGCGAAACCGCGGUGCUGACCGCUGCUCUGCUCAGGACGUGCCCGGGCGACGGCGAGCUGCGGGACAAGUGGGGCGUUUUGUGUGAAAAUGUCGCGGCCGUGAUGGAAACACAUGCAUGACGUCAACAGGCGUGUGAAACAGAACACCGACUCUUUGCCUUUGUACAAAAGCUCGUUUAAUAAUAAAGAGAAGAAAUACAGAGAACACA